CGAUGGCCCCUAUUACGUGACGAUUGAAGUGUGAUCCGGACGCCGUAAUACCAAACAGAGUCUGAUGAUGGAGACUCUAAAGGAAAUACAGGAUCAAUUCCUAAAAUGUCCCGUCUGUUUACAGAACUACACAUCUCCGAAACUUCUUCCGUGCCUCCAUACAUUUUGUCGUCAAUGCCUCGUGGAAGUGCUGAAGAAAUCCAUUGGGGAUGACAAUGGUAGUUCAACAGAGAGCGAUUCCGAAACUGAAAAACCUGCCCCACACGGAAAACAUUUCAAUUGCCCGGUUUGUCGGGCUGAUAUAGAGUUGAAUGUUCCUAACGGAAAUUCUAACUUCGCACAAUGGACCGAUAUGUUUCCGGAUAAUCACUUCGUAAGUAGUUUGAUGGAAAAAAUCGACAUGCAAGCGACAGAUAAAUAUUGUGAGAGUUGUUGUCGAGACGGAAACAGAAUUGGGGCCAAAGCCGAAAAUUGGUGUCAGACGUGUAAAGUGGUUUUCUGUGAUUCUUGUAUAAAAGCACACAACGUCAUCAAAGCUUGCCGAGAGCAUAUUGUGGUUUCCCUCAGAGACAUGCGUAAUGAUCCACUUGAGUCCAUCCGGUCAAAUAAAAAAGAAAUUCCAUGUUUUCAUCACAGAGACAAGGUUAUUGAAUACUACUGUGUCGAUUGUCACGUGACUAUCUGUUCGUCGUGCGUUGCUGUGCAACACAGACGAUGUGAAAUGGUAGAAACCUUGGUUGAUGCAGCACAAAAGUUAAAACCGGAAACGGAAUAUGUACAAAGAAAUCUCCAGAUGCAGAACGAGGUUUUACGAGAAUGGCGUGAAGAGCACGAGAAGGAACUCGGCGAACUCUCAACCAACAAAGAAAUGAUCAUGAAAGAAAUGUCGACGAUAAGGAAAAGGGUUAAUGAAGCAUUAGAGAAUUUAGAAAACAAGCUCAUUGUUGACCUUGAUCAGAAGAAUAUGCAGACAGCAACUGUUGUGAAGGGCAGAAUGAACGAGAUCGAUGAAAUGAAGAAAAAUGUCAACAACACAGGAACUUUUCUCAAAAAUCUAAUCCAAUUUGGUAGUGAUUCGGAGCUUCUCACUGUUUUUGAUGCCAUCAAGCUCCAAGUAGAUGAUAUGCGCGCCAACAUUCAGAAAUCCCGUUUGAGCAAAUUGAGCACUCGGCAUAGACUUAUCCCGGACUCAAGCGUACAGAGAUUGCUUGAGUUACACUCUAUUGGGAAGAUCGUGGAUUUAGUGGAUUUGAAGAAGGAAACUUUUCUCAACAUGAACGGGUUGUCAGAGAAAGAAGGACAACCUCCUCAGAGACGGUCGUCAAUCAAGCGUACAGGAACGUUUCGCGUUGAACGGUCUCCAACUCAAUCUCCAGCUUCCACGAUGAUGA